CAGUCGUCACUGUACGGCAUAGAAUUAAGUCGGUGCGUCGCAUUUUUUCAGAAGAUUAUACACGUGCCGGGCAGAACUUCAAGGUACUCGCGGGCCACGGCUUAUACCAGGAUGUUAUAUUCAUUCUUCACACAUCACCGCUCACACAUGGACACGGACACAAGGUGCUGGAACGCAUUAAGUAUAUGGAGGGAAAAAUGCAGUCACUAUGUUGCCGGGCGCCGGCAUUGGACCAGAGCUGAUGGGUUAUGUAAAAGAAGUGUUUUUAGAAGGUGGCAUACCAAUCGAUUUCGAGACAAUUCAGAUCGAUCCAAAAUGUGAAAAUAACGAUGAUCUGGAAUACGCCAUAAUGUCUAUUCGUAGAAACGGCGUAUGUAUCAAAGGCAACAUUGAAACACAAAGCCUCGAUUCUGGUAUCAUUUCGCGUAAUGUCACCAUACGUAACGAACUCGAUUUAUUUGUGAACGCCAUACAUGCGCAGUCGUACGAUAACAUACCAAGUCGCCACAAGAAUGUAAAUGUUAUAGUUGUACGUCAAAACACUGAAGGUGAGUAUGCAAUGUUAGAGCACGAAGGUGUCAAAGGUGUGGUCGAGUCUAUGAAAGUUAUCACUAGAAACAAUUCUACAAGGUUGGCCCGUUACGCAUUUGAAUUGGCCAAAAACAAUGGUCGGAAUAAAGUCACAGCAAUCCACAAAGCCAAUAUUAUGAAAUUAUCGGAUGGAUUGUUUUUGGAAUCUUGCAUGAAUAUGUCAUUGAAUUACCCAGAUAUCAAGUUUGAUCACAUGAUUAUCGACAACUGUUGCAUGCAGUUGGUGUCUAAUCCCCAUCAGUUUGACGUGAUGGUCAUGCCCAACUUGUAUGGUUCAAUAGUGUCAAAUGUAAUAUGCGGCCUAGUUGGUGGUGCGGGCAUAAUUUCGGGUAAAAACUACGGGGAUCAUUAUGCAAUUUUUGAGCCAGGAACCAGAAACACUGGUUCAUCUAUUGCAGGCACUAACACUGCAAAUCCAGUGGCGAUGUUAAAUGCGUCGGCCGACAUGUUAGAACACUUGGGUCACCAAGUGCACUGCGAUAAGAUCAGAACAGCUAUAUGUAAAACUCUCAACGAAGACAAGGUGCACACAGCUGAUCUAAAUGGUACUGCAAAAAGUUCUGAUGUGGUACAAAAUAUUAUCAAACACGUAAAAUGCAUUACGGGUAGAAACUAAUCGUGCUUUGUAUUGAACUG